CUCCACAUGCCACAGCCUGCCACGGGGAGGUGUUAAAAGAAGCUCACCUGGGGAUGUUGAGCAGAAACAUCAGGUGUAGCCGGCCUGAUCAGCCUGUUAGUUUGAUUGUACUUAUAUGACAAUUUGGAUCUACUUAAUUCCCGUUCGAUUUUCUGUGACAAUGAUGAGCAGUUGGAUAUUUCUGUGUGGACUUUCUCUUUGUACCUGGUCGUCUAUCCAAGGAACCUACAGAUAUGGAGGAUCAGACAUCUGUAAAUGCAAUGGAAAGUCACGUUAUUGCUUGCCUGACUCUGGGGGCCUCCAUUGUGUGGACUGCCAAGACAACACUGAGGGAAGGCAUUGUGAGAAGUGCAAGGAGGGAUUCCACCACCAGAGGGCAGGAGACAGUUGUGUGCCGUGUAACUGCAGCUCUAUAGGUUCUGUAGGCGCACACUGUGACAGUAGAGGACGCUGCAGCUGUAGAGCGGGAACACAGGGGGAGAAAUGUGACCAGUGUCAGAAUGGAACACCUAUCAGCUCAAAUGGCUGUGCUGCUAAUGGUGGCCAGCUUACUGACAACUCAGUGACCGCUCAAUCUCUACCUUGCUUUUGCUAUGGACACUCGACUGAGUGCUCCACAGCCAAGGGAUACUCCGUUCACACAGUCACCUCAACCUUCGACGAUGGGCCAGAGGGGUGGCGAGCUGCCACUGUUCACGGUGUGACUCCAUCUCAAGUCCACUUCCGCUGGUCCCCCACUCAUCAUGACAUUGAGGUCAUCUCCAAAGACAUCCUGCCUGUUUACCUCCAUGCCCCUGACUCUUACCUGGGCAACCAGGAGCUGAGCUACGGUCAGAACCUGUCCUUCUCCCUGAGGCUGGACCGAGGGAUUCGCCAUCCGUCCAUGGCUGAUGUGGUGCUGGAGGGAUCUGGGCUGAGCGUGGCAGCUUCCCUGGGAGACCUGAGGACCAUCGUUCCCAGUGGACAGAAGAUUACUUACACAUUCAGACUGGAUGAGCAACAGGGCAGUGAAUGGAGGCCCCACCUUUCAUCUUUCCAGUUUCAAACACUCCUCCACAAUCUGACUGACAUUAAAAUCCGUGGGACAUUUGGAGAAAAUGGGCGUGGUUACCUUGACGACGUGCGCAUGGAGUCUGCCCGUCGAGGUGCCGGGUCCCCAGCUGCAUGGGUACAGAAAUGUAGCUGCCCAGUGGGAUAUGAGGGCCAGUUCUGUGAGAAGUGUGCUGCAGGGUAUAAAAGAAGUUCGCCAAGCAAAGGUCCAUACAGCUCCUGUGAGCCCUGCAGCUGUAGAGGAGGAAGCUGUGACUCUGAAACAGGAGACUGUUACUCUGCAGAUGAGACCCCUGGUCACCAGAUCUGCCCGCCAGGGUACUAUAAUGAUCCUGCCCAGCCACAGUCUUGUCAGAAGUGUCCCUGUCCCAAUGGAGGUGCCUGCUCUGUGAGCCCAGGUUCCCUGGAGGUCAAGUGUGACCUCUGUCCACCUGGCACCACUGGCUCACAUUGCCACACCUGCCAGGAUGGUUUCUAUGGCGAUCCCUUGGGUGAAGAUGGCAUCCAGAGGCCUUGUCGGCGCUGCCAGUGCAACGGACACAUGGACCCGAACACUGUCCGUAGUUGUGACCCACAGACAGGGCAGUGCCUGAAAUGCCUAAAGCAUACCACUGGCUUCUUCUGUGAGAGCUGUCUGGAGGGCUAUCACCACAGCAUGCCAUCAGAGGCAUGCAAACCUUGUGGCUGCAAUUCUCAGGGCUCUCUGUACAACAAAUGCAGUGACCAGGGCCAGUGUUCUUGCAGAGAAGGCUUUGAGGGUCUGAAGUGCCAGCGUUCCGCGUGUCCCUCCUGCUUCAACCUUGUCAAGACGGAGAUGGAGGGGUAUAGUCGUAAACUACGGGAGAUAGAAACUCUGUUUACGGGCAUGGAGAGUGGCAGUCUACCAGUUAACAACGCCCAGAUGGAGAAAGCCAUCAGAACAGCAGAGGACAUAGUCACAGACCUGCAGAGAAAUGCACAGACACUCUCUGAAUCGGAGAAAGACUUACAGGCCCGGCUCUCAGACAUCAGUGCAACCCAGCUGAGUGAAGGCAGAGACAUCCAGGCGAUCUCCAACACCGUUGACAACAUCAAGCUGCAGGACCAGAAGUACCAACGACAGGUAUCUGAUGUCCAGACACUCAUCAGUGAUGUGCGGAGCAAACUUGAAGAGGCAAGAUUCAACAUCAAACAAGCUGAAUUCCCCUUAGGUGAUGCAGGGGUGGGCACGGACACCCUCUCUUCUCUGGUUCAGAGAGCAACAGACCUGGCUGAAAAACAGCAGAGCAAAUCGGAGACAAUGGAGAAGACAGCUAACGGUGCCCUUGCAAAGUCAGAGAAGUCCCUGGCACUCAUGAGAUCGGUCAUGACAGGGGAAAACAAGAUCAAGGAGCUUAUCAGUGAUCUUAAAACCAAGUAUGAUGAGAACUCCGCCCAGGUGAAGGCCAUGGAGAGCCUGGCUACUCGCCUGAGCAGCUCUGCCCAAGAUGAGAGCAGGAUGGCAACUGGCACUCUGGAGCAGAUAGCCUCCCUGGAGCUGGGAAUCCCUCGUCCUCUCAAGAAGGACAUUGACAGUGUGUUGGCUAAACUGGAUGGCCUGAGAGAACGGGUGGAGAAGAACCUAACAGCGUACCAGGCACUGCAAGAGGACACCCAGGAGGACAAAGCCGCAGUAGAGGAUCUUCUGGCCCAGGGGAAGGCAGCUCAGCAGAAAUAUGACCAGCUUCUUGGCAGAGCAAAUCAUGCGAAGGCUGACACAGAACUGGCCCUGAAGGAUAUCACAGAUAAUAUUGAUGGGGUGGAUAAUGCACUGGAGAUGCUAAGAGGGUUUGAUGGCCAGAUCAACAAGAACAAGGCAUUGGCCGACGAGGCCAUAAAGAAACUCCCUGGCAUCAACGCCACCAUUCAUCAAGCUGUUGGCAACAACUCAGAGACCCUAUUCAUCAUAGGCAGUGUGACUGGAGACUACAAUGAUGCACUGGGCACUGUCAGCAGCCUCGAAGCUGUGGUCUCUCGACUGGAGGGAAUGUCCGGCUCUUUACCAGUUCCUCCUGCUGGUCUGUUGAAGGACGCCACCAAGCUGAAAGAGGACGUGCAGGGUCUGCAGAAGCAGGCAGUGGCCACUGUGGCCAAAGUGGCCGCAGAGAAGGCUAACGCUGAGAUACAGAAAGACAGAGCAGCAGAGGCUUCAAUUGGAGCAACUGGUGCUUACAACAAUGCCAAGCACACCAGAGACGCUGUGGGAGAAACACUCCUGGUCAUCAAUAACCUUCUGAGCAUGAUCGGUAAACCUGGCAGUGUGGACGAGGAGAGGCUAGGGGAGUUGGAGCAGUCCAUCACCAGCGCUCGUGGCCAGGUCAACCUACAGCUCCAGCCUCGACUGCAGGACCUAGAAGGGAAGGAGGCCAGCCAGAGGACCAGGUUGACUGGCCUCAACCUAGAUAUCGAUAGGAUCCUGGACGACAUCAGGAACUUAGAGGACAUACACGCGAACAUCCCUAAGGGCUGCUUCAACUCCCCACCUAUUGAGAGACCUUAAUCCCCACCUAUUGAGAGAUCUAAGUUUACGUCCCAAAAGGUACCCUAUUCCCUAUAUAAUGCACAACGUUUGACCAAGGCCCAUAAGACUAGUCAAAAAAUAGGGCACAAUAUAGGGAAUAGGGUUCCAUUUGGGACGCAAAUAUAUAGGGAAUAAGGUGCCAUUUGAGACACAGAUUUAGUGUCUGAAUGUAACAUGGUAUUAUGUAAGAGAAAAGGAGUGUUUAACUAAAUGCAUAACUGCCUGCAACAACAAAAAAAUCUGUGAAAUGUUCAAACACGAGGAGCAAUAUUUUGUCAAUGGUAAUGCGAUAUUUUCAGUGAUCUACUAAGUGUUAAAAACAUUGUAUUUUCUGUUGUAUUCUGUCAAAUAAACUUCAAUAUUUAUUCCUUAA